UGUGCAUGCUGGGACUGGUAUGUGAGUGAGCGUGUGGAGCGGGGUUGAGGAGCGGGGCUGGUGCUGGGGCCGCGUUGAUGCCGCUGCCGCUGCCACAGUCCGCCUGCAACUCCGGGCCGGGCAUGGUGGACAACGCGGCCUCUGCGGAUAGCCGGGCCCCCACCCUGCCUGGCUUGCUAGCAGGAGACGGACUGAGCCUCCUGGCUGGGAACCCACAGCACCAUCAGCAGGGGAUGAAGUUGGAAGCGGUGAUGGAACAGCUACAGCGGCAGCAACAAGCCCGGUUGGAGAUGGAGGGCAGGGAGAGGAAGGACAGGGGCGUACGGGAGGCCCACGUCUAUUACGCCCAGCAGUUUGCCGCCCAGCAGGCAGCCUUGGCGGCUUUGUCCCGGACACCGCCGGGCUCCGCGGGCAGCGGGCCGGUCCCCCCCGGACCCUCGCGGGCCGACUCUGACCCCGACGAAGAUGCCUUUGAGGGCGAGGAGCCAUGCAGCGAUCUGGAGGAGGAUGAGGAAGAGGAGGAGGAGAGGGGGGAGGAGAUGGUGAGAAGAGGCCACAGGGACUUGGAGGAGGAGGAGGAGGAGGAAGGAGAAGAGGUGGAGGGAGAAGAGGAGGAAGAUGAGGAUGAAGAAACUGAAGAGGAGUAUCUCAGGAAACAGGCGGCUCCAGUCACGCCGGCUGUACGACUACCUCACGCCCACCGCCCGUCAGUCAGUGGACAAUCCCUCAAACCCACAAGCGCACGGCCCAGCUCGCCAAGCCAAGCACAUUCAAAGUCACCCACCGCCCACCACGAAUGGGGCUACGAAGAACAGUUCAAACAGAUGCAACCUUCUGAAUGGAUGACAAAUGACCAAUGUGAGUCGGGGGGGAAAAACUCUUUCCGAACAGCCACAGUGACAGCCCACGUUCCCGGCACCAUUAAACAGAAUGGGAGUCUGGCCUGGAAUGAUGACAUGGAGGGUGGAAGAGCAAGGGAAGCUGCCAAAGACUUUGCCAAGCUCUACGAACUAGACAGUGACCCCAAGAGGAAAGAGUUCCUGGAUGAUCUAUUUGUGUUUAUGCAAAAGAGAGGAACCCCGGUGAACAGGAUUCCCAUCAUGGCCAAGCAGGUGCUGGACCUGUACAUGUUGUACAAACUGGUGACGGAGAAGGGGGGUCUAGUGGAAGUGAUCAACAAGAAGAUCUGGCGGGAAAUCACCAAGGGUCUGAACCUACCUACCUCAAUUACCAGCGCAGCCUUUACACUCAGGACACAAUACAUGAAAUACCUCUACCCGUACGAAUGUGAAAAACAAUCGCUCAGCUCACCUGCCGAGCUACAGGCGGCCAUCGACAGUAACCGACGGGAGGGCAGGAGGCCCAGCUACAGCUCCGCUCUCUUUGGGUACUCGCCAAGCACGGGCCCCGGCCUUCUCUCCCCCCCCAAGGUCCACCUGUCCUCCAUGAAUGUUUCCUCCAGCAAUGGUGCCCAUCUCCCCUCCGGCCACAUCAUCAAGAAAGAGGAUGGAUUGGCCAGCUGCUCUCUCGGCCCAGGCCGUAUACACAUCCCAUUCACGCUGGGCGGCCACCACUCGGGGCUGCCCAUCACCCUGGAGCAACUGAGAGACAAGCUGGAGAGCGGCGAGCCUCCGGACAAAAGGGUGGCCCGGAUCUCGGAGGACCAGCAACGCCUGAUGCAGCAGGCCCUACAGCACAACCUCUUCGCCAUGGCAACCCACAUGCCCAUGAGCAUCAAGAUCAACGGCAAAGAUGAUCGGCAGGAACUGGCCUUGAACCUGUCUACAAAUGGGAUCAGCAGCAUCAACAUGUCCAUCGAGAUUAAUGGCACUCUUUACACUGGAGUCCUGUUCGCCCAGAGACCGACGGUGCACGUCAUCGCAGGGCCAAGCAGCAGCACCUCAGCCUCCCAGAGCACGACCAGUCCUACCUCCGUCAAGGGCCCUGCCUCCGCUGAGCCCUCCACCAGCGGCUCCCCUUGAGGCCGAGCUCGCCGCUGCAUCCGGCAUCAGGGAAAGGACUCGCCCCGAUUGUAUUUUUCUAGAAUCUAAAAAAAGGCAGGGAAUUUUAAGCGAGAAAA